GGCGUGGUGCUAGCAACUCCACCCCUGUAAAACAACCAAAUCGCUACAGAAACUUCAACGAAUAAAUAUAUUAAAAAUUCUAAAAACAUAAGCAAUAGCCUUACUUUUCGCUGGAAUCGGGGGAGUGAAAUGACGCAGGCUGGUGAAAGCCUUCGGGAAGCCAGUCAGCCGAUGUGCCUUCUUUCGAUGAAAGCAAAAGUAAGGAUGGGUACCUGGAAUGUUCGUACAAUGUACGAAACUGGAAAGGCUGCCCAGAUAGCCGCUGAAAUGAGAAGGUACAGAAUAGAAGUGUUGGGAAUCUGCGAAAGCAGAUGGAACGGAACUGGAAGGUGCCAACUACCUACUGGAGAGACAGUAAUCUUUUCCGGCCACCCAGAGGACAACCACGAGCACACCGAGGGAGUGGCCAUCAUGAUGUCACCAACAGCAGCCAAAGCUCUCAUGCAGUGGGAACCAAUCUCCUCCAGGAUAAUGACAGCCAGGUUCAACUCAAAAGGAAGGAAAGUUACAGUCAUUCAAUGCUAUGCGCCUACAAACGUCUCAGAACAAGAGAAGAAGGAGGCGUUCUACAGACAACUACAAGCAAUAAUGGACAACGUCCCAAAUGGCGAUAUCAAAAUCCUGAUGGGCGACAUGAAUGCGAAGCUGGGAGGAGACAACACAGGAAGAGAACUCACCAUGGGUCGUGAGGCCCUCGGUGAAAUGAACGACAAUGGUGAACUCUUCUCAGACUUCUGCGCCUUCAAUGAUUUGGUGAUUAGUGGUAGUGUGUUCAAACACAAGGAUAUACACAAGACGACAUGGAUUUCACCAGAUGGAAACACCAAAAACCAAAUAGACUUCAUCUCAAUUUCAAGAAAGUGGAGACGGAGCCUACUGGACACAAGGUCAAGGAGAGGAGCAGAUGUGGGUUCAGACCACUAUCUAGUAGAAGGGACUUUCAAGGUGAAACUAAAAGCCUCGAGGAUAGCUGGGGAUAGGCCACAAUGCAAGUUCAACACUCAGAACUGAAGGACACAACCACAAAAGACACUUUCACUGCAACUGUCAGAGCAAAGCAGGAAACACUACGCGACAUCACUGAAGAAUCAUGCGUGGAAGAACAUUGGAAGUCUCUGAAGGCGAUUCUCAACGAAACGUGUUCAACGGUUCUAGGAAGAAAGAAGAGACAAGACAAGGAAUGGCUCUCAACGGACACUUGGAAAUUAAUAGAAGAGAAGAGAAUGGUGAAAGAGAAAAUGAUUCAAUGCAAGGACGGACAGGAGAAGGAGACGCUGAGCUCAACUUACAAAGCACUGGACAAAGAAGUGAAGAAGAGUGCUAGGAAGGACAAAAGACGAUUCUACGACAAUCUGGCCACUGAAGCUGAGAAGGCAGCAGGCAAAAGGGACCUGAGGACACUAUAUCAGAUAACCAAAUCUCUAUCCGGGAAGAGAUCAACACAAGCGAAACCUAUAAAAGACAGCCAAGGGAACCCAAUUACCAAGGAAGAAAAACAGAUUAAACAAUGGGCGGAUCACUUCAAAGGACUCUUGAACCGACCAUCACCUGCAACCCGUCCAGAAAUA